AUGACUCUGCUUUCACGUCUUCUUUGGUCCUGUCUCGGGCUGUGCGUUCUCGCCCAGCUCCUAGCGUCGGGCGUUGCUGCUCAGACCGAAGAAAUCUCUCAGGUUCGAGCUGAUCGCGAUGCCAUCCGGGAGGAGCGCACUCGGGCCGCCGCCGACCUCAAUCCGCUCCUAGCAGCCAAUGAUGAAAUCGAAGAGGCGCUGCGGGUUCUGAACGAGGACUUGGCAACAAAACAGGCCGAGCUGGAUGCAACGCGAUCACAACUUGAGCGCGCUCGCCUCGAAGUCAUUGAUGCCCAGGACGAGGUCAUCUUGCAGCAACAGAACAUCAUCGACCUGCGGGCGCAGCUGUCGCGUCAAGCAAUCACGGCCUACGUCCAACCCGAAGGCGUGACCGCCGACGAUGUGCUGCGGGCUGGUGAUCUCAACGAGGGCGAACGGCGCCGCGCGCUGGUCUCCGCGGUGCAGCGGUCCCGAGCCGACAUUCUUGAUGACCUGCGAGCGGCCGAGGUCGACCGCGAGCUUGCUGUUGCGAGGGCCGAGAGUGCCCAGCGUGAUAUCGAGAGUCGGCAGCUCUUGGCCGAGCAACAAGUAGCCCAAGUAGACGUUGCGAUUGCCGACCAACAGCGGCUCGAGUUCAUUCUCCAGCAACGCAUUGCCGAGUUUCAGGACGAGGUUGACCAGCUCUCUGCUGACGAAGCGGCUCUGCAAGCCGAGCUCACCGGUCUCAUCAUCGAAGACGAAGCCCGCCAAGAGGCAAUCCGUGAGGCUGCACGUCUGCAGGCCGAACGCGAGCGGGUCGCUGCAGAACUCGAACGCCAGCGCCUUGAACAGAUCGCUGCUCUUGCACGGGGCGAAACGCCAGCUGAGACCACCGUGGCCCAGUCCAACGCUGCCCUCGGCCAAGGGCCAGCCAUUGGCGGUGCGCUGUCGUGGCCGGUGCGAGGUCAAGUCACCUCAGGCUUUGGUCCUCGAUGGGGCCGCCAGCACAACGGCAUCGAUGUCGCGGCGAAUACGGGCACGACAGUGGCGUCCGCUGGAGCGGGCACCGUCGUCUCCGCUGGUACCCAGGGUGGCUUUGGUCAACGCGUCGUCAUAGACCACGGAGGCGGGCUCACAACCUUGUAUGCCCACCUAAGCUCGAUCAACGUCAGCCGAGGUCAAUCGGUGGGUCCUGGCACUGCUAUCGGCGCGGUUGGCUGCACUGGCACCUGCACGGGUCCUCACCUGCACUUUGAGACUCGCGUGGCCGGCAUUGCCUAUGACCCCUUUUCCUACCUGAGCUAG